AUGCUUACUGCACGCUCUUAUAACAGUAUGCCGUCUCAGGUGCGUAUUGUAGUUCGUACGAGGCCCACUAACUUCGUGACGAAUAACUUUCAUGUAAUGUCAAACAAUACACUUUGCAUUACGCGCCCUAAUAAUGGUGAUGUUUCCACGGGUAAUGCAACACGUGCAAACACCAAGACAGCUUCACCGGGUGGUACAAGUGUUGAAGAGAACUUGACCUUUACUGCUGACGCUAUAUUGCAAGAUGCUCCACAGGAGCUUGUCUACAACACAGCUGCUGCCGAUUUGGUGGAGGCGGUGGUGCAAGGUUUCAACUGUACUUUGCUUUGUCAUGGCCAAAGUGGAUCUGGAAAGACGUAUACACUUUUUGGUGGAAAUACGUACCCUACACGUGGAUGUGUUCCACGCGCUAUACAGGCUGUAUUUGAUUCGAUAAAGCUUUCCAGUGAGCGGGAAUUUAAAGUGAGUCUUACCUUUGUGGAAGUGUACGGUGAGCAAGUGUAUGAUCUGCUUGGCCGUGGCCCGUCUGCUGCUGCUGUACUUGCCGCCGCAGCGAAGAUUGGUGGAAAAGAGAGUGGCAAUGUGAAUAAAGCCUCCGUGACGAUUGACACCAGCGGGGCGGUGGUCCUCCGCGGUGUGGAUGAGCGUGUGUGUGUGAGUGAAGGUGAGGCGCUGGCGGCGGUGUUUGAGGGACUCCAGCGGCGGCUCUGCGGGGCGAAUCCUCUCAAUCCGCAGAGUUCCCGCUCCCACGCCGUUCUCACACUUUACGUCGUGAGCAAAAGUCUCAUUGACAGCGACGCCGUUGUGCACCACUCGCGCUGCAAUUUUGUGGACUUGGCGAGCAGCGAUCGGCCGUACGCGGCAGGCGACGAGGCCGCCGCUCAAGAAACGCGCGUUAUCAACAAAUCUCUCGCUAUGCUUGAGCAGGUCGUGCUUGCCCUCGCCGCCCACCGCCCGCGACACGUACCGUACAGACAGAGUAAACUCACGAUGCUGCUGAAGGACUCCAUCGGCGGCAGCAGUAGGACCACGUUGAUUGCAAACGUCUGGCCAGAGCCACGCCAUACAGAGGCAACCAUCGCCACACUUAACUUUGCAAAGCGAAUGAUGCGAGUGGAGUCCAAACCAGCCAUGCAUGCCUCCAUGGAUCCAGAGGCGCAGAUUAAAAUGCUGCAGAAACAGCUACUCAGUUUAAAGGCAGAACUGCGAAUGCAAGAUCAACUCGCAGGACGGGAGGCCGUUGCCACAGCACCACUCGAAACAGAUGAAAUUCAAACCGCACGUGAACGAGUGGAGGCGUUUAUUGAAGGAAGUAUUCCACAGGUCUCCGUAACGUGUGUGCGGGAAAUGCAUGCCUGUUUCCUCGCCUUUAAAUCCAUUUUGGAAGAACGAGAUACGAUGAUGAAAGACAUGGAACAUCAAUUGGCCAUCACAACACCACGUCCAGGAAGCAGUUGUAGCGCUAAAAGUACUGCAAAACGUAAAUACAGUACGAGACAGAAUAAUAAUUCAGAAUCGAGGGAAACGACUAGGUAUGUGACUAGCUCAAUGGACACCACAACUGGUGUUGGUGUGGGGUCAACAGAUAAACUUAGUCCCGGACUGCGAGAGAUGUUUCAGCAGCAACAACGUAAUGUUUCCUUCAGUGCGCAUGCAGGCCAUAAUACGUCUCCAGGAAGAGUAUCGGGCGCUGAUUACGUUAUUACCUCUGUAAUGGAUGGAACAGUGCCCUCCACCGCAGGAACUACACCAGCAACAACAAGAGCAACAACAUCAACAACAACAGCAACAACAGUAUCUCCACAGGCUAUUACAGCUGCAUCUCAAAAUACAAUGGCAGGUUCUGUUGCUACGUCUGCUGCAGUUGCAGCAUCGAAAGUGGCGUCAUCGACGACAAACUUCUCAACCCCCAAUGAUGAGGAGUUGAUGAAGGGACGAUUUUACCCACCUACCUCUUCUUAUUCCCCGGCAAGGGAAGCCUAUGAAAAUACACUUUCGCCUGCAGAACAACAAGCUUCUACGGCUCCAUUACCAUCUGUAAAGGGUAUUGGACGUCAAGAAGGUGUUGUACGUGACAAGCGUUUGGCGUUUGAAAUGUACAAACGGACACCUAAUGGAGCUUGUCAAUUAGAAGUAAUUAACAAUGCACAGAAACUUGUGGCUGAAAAGAAUGAGGAGAUCUUGCGGUUACAACAACGAGUUCAGGAGAUUAAAGCUGAUAUGGAGUCCAAUAAAAAGGGUCAAUCAGUAGGGAUGCAAAGAAUAGAAGAACGUGUGGUAUCCCGGUACGCAACAUCACAAACAGGACGCGUAUCCGUGGAUGUCUCUGAGGGUAGCGAUGCCGUUAAUGAGAACAAUAACACCACCACCACCACCAAUAAUAACAAUAACAACAACACCAACAAUGACAAUGAAUCCAUACUUGCAGCCAAUCUUUUGCGUGCCUCACUGACAGAGGAUCUUCGCAAUAUGUCAGCGACUGAAAAGAAGGCACUUCUGUCCCAUACUACCCGCGCUGUGACGAGGGCCUUGACAGAACGGGGUGUUCUUGUCAAACAGCUCAACCGACAUCGUGAGGCAUUUAUGAAUAAUUUUCAGUACUGGUACAAAUCUAGCCUGCAGUCCACCAUCUUGCCUCAAAAGGGUAAGACAGGAACUGAAUCUGUAGGAGGGUCUGAUACGCUACCCACACUGAAGAGCGUCAAUUCUUCUCUUCCCACCACUGGUACCCCACGUGUGACCAUAUUCACAGAGGGUGAUAUCCGUUUCAUAGACGGUGGCGAACAGUUUGAGGCAGCAGAAAUGCAACGAAGAUUGCAGAAAGACCCGGAUGGUGUUGCAUUUUAUGCUGCACAAGAUCUUGUGAAGAAGAGACUCUCUACACGCCAGUAA